AUCUUCGUUCCUCCCAUUUGUGGUGGUCCCUCCCUGGCCUUUUCCUUGUGGUACCUCCUUGGCUGUUCGUGGUGGUUCCUCCCUGGCCUUUCCUUGUGGUUCCUUCCUGGCCGUUCGGGCCUUUUCCUUGUGGUACCUCCUUGGCCGUUCGUGGUGGUUCCUCCCUGGCCUUUCCUCGUGGUUCCUUCCUGGCUGUUCGUGGUGGCCCUUCCUUUCCUCGUGGUUCCUUCCUGGCCGUUCGUGGUGGUCCGUCCUUUCCUUAUGGUUCCUUCCUCUGGCCGUUCGUGGUGGUCCUUCCCUUUCCUUUCCUCGUGGCUCCUUCCUGGCCUUGGUCCCUCCUUUCAUUCAUCUCUCCGCUAUCUUUCCCUGUUUUCUUUUUAUCCUGUAACUACAUAUGUAGUAUUUAAAUAUAAAUAAAAUUAAUUUGCUUCACAAAA